GUGAAGCCCUUUGCUUGCCUCGCAGACGCCUGUCCAUUCCAUGUCCCUCGGGUCUUGCUCAAUCAUGAGAUAGUCGGCCCUUUUCUUAGGAACCCGAGACCACAUGAUGUUGUCAUUUUGGGUGAUAUUGUUGACAGUGUUGGUGAUUUCGUCGAUCUGCUGAAUUGGCGAUUCGAGCUCUCAAGACUGACCAGUAUUGUGACGACGGAUAAGGCACACUGCCUGGAGUUCUCAGCACGCAAAAGGAAGGUAAUUACUGAAAAACAUGGUUGGGAUCAGAUUAAAUCAAGGCCAGUUCGGGCGGCCUCCGUAGUAACUGUUCAUUGUCCAAAUCUGAUUUGA